GUUGAUCACCCAGGAGCCGGCACGUACCUUAAACUGGCGUAAACUGACGCGUUCAUCACGCUGGCGCUGUAAGGCAUGCGCAGUAGGGCAUAGCGCGCGUCAUUCAAACAGAGAGCUGGCGCCUGGAAAGUUCUGAAGCUUGUUGCUGGCACAGGAUAAUAACCAUGUCAACACUCCUGGAGAUAAAAAGCAGUGUGCUCAGGCAGGUGCAGAACCGGCAAUCUUUUCGAAGGAGAGCAGAGAUGGAAUCCAGCAACUCAACUCAAGAGACUUGCAAAGUGCCAAGUGCUGACAGGGAGGGCACUGGUGAUUUCUUUGACAGAAUGAGAAGUGUGCUUCAGAAACAAGAGAACAUGCAGAGAUACUGGAGGACAGAGGGUGUUUUAAAUAACAGUAUUCCCCCUCCUCCGGAAAAUGUUGGGGAACACAAAGUGCUGGAGAAGUUGUUGCUUAGCAAGAGAGAGAUAGAGAUGUUGUAUGAAGAAAUACUGUAUACUCUUGUGUACACGGCUGGUAUUGUGUCCUCUGAGCACAUUGGUAGUGAAGAAGAACUCUUUCAUUAUCUGCAAAAGGUUUUUGGAGUGAGUAAAAGUGAUCAUGAUCCAAUACUACAACAUGUCAAGGAAUCCAAGGCUCCUGUCUUUGCUUUAAAAGUGACAGUGGUUCAAGGUAGAAAUCUCCUAGCCAAAGAUCCCAAUGGUUUCAGCGACCCGUACUGCAUGCUGGGAAUUAUGAUCAUGCAAAGCUCAAAGGAAACCGAAGAGAAAAAAGAGAGGAAAUUCAGCUUCAGAAAGAAGAAAGACAAGAUCGAAAAACGGUCCAGCAUCAGGGAAGUGCUGCCUGCGAAAUAUAUCCAGGUCACUGAAGUGAAAAGCAACACUUUGAACCCUGUGUGGAAUGAAAACUUUCUGUUUGAAAUCGAUGAUAUAUUUAGUGAUCAGCUACAUCUGGAUAUCUGGGAUCAUGAUGAUGAUGUGUCAGUUGCAGAAGCUUGCAAAAAGCUUAAUGAAGUCAGUGGAUUCAAAGGAAUGGGCAGGUACUUUAAGCAGAUAGUCAAAUCAGCAAGAGCAAAUGGAACCACAGGGUCUGCAGAAGACAACGCAGAUGAUUUCUUAGGAUGCCUUAAUAUUUCCAUAAAUGAGAUUCCAGUUGGAGGCCUAGAUAAAUGGUUUAAGUUAGAGCCACGAACAAGCUCUUCCCGAGUUCAAGGAGAUUGUCACCUUAUAAUCAAGCUAAUUACAAAUCAGAGGGACACCGUUCUAAGCAAGAAGGCAUCUGGCUCAGUGAUUCAUGAAAUGCUGCUGAACCAGCUGCUCCAGUACGAGCACAAGCAAACAGAGGUUGAAAGCUGGAACUGGAAGGGGGAGCUAAGCAAGCAUGCUUUUACCAUUCUGUCCCACCACAGCAUGCAGACUGAUCUCUCCAGCCUACAGCAGGCCGUCAUAAAAUGGCAAGCAUUCAGCAAACAUCACCAAAUCCAGGCCAUGGAUUAUAGUUUUCUACUGGGACUGCUAAAACACAUAGAAGAGCAAUGGGACCCCACCAUGUGUCAAAGAGAGCAGGAGCAGAGUUUGGCCGAAAGUUUUACACUUUUCACAGAAUAUUGCCUUCUUCUCUUGAAAAAACUCAGAGACAAUUUUCCUGUUCUCAACACAACAGUCAUCAACCGGCUUGAAUUCAUGUUAAGGUGUCUUAGUCAAAUCCAAAACAUGCAAGCUUUUAGAAUGGUAUGCCCUUUCCAUAAUGAACUACAUCUGGAGAUUGCGGCCAUUAUAAAGAAAGGCACGCUGGAGUGGUAUGAAAAAACGCACGCCUCUCUGAGACCAGAAGAAAAGAAUACAGUGGAACAGCUGAGAUGCCUAGCGAGACUGACAGAUGCUGUCCAUGAAGAUAUAGAAAAGAGCCAAAAUGUGUACAACAAGUUGUUUGUGAGUAUUGUGAAGGUCGAUUACUUCAGUAUCACAUACCGGCAGCUUGAGAAACUGGUGGCUGAUGAAGUGAGCGCCGCAAUGGGAGCGCUGAAAGGAACGGAACCGGAAAGCCCCCAGAUAACCCAUGCCAUUGGCGAGGCCUUGUAUGAACUCUACAUUACGCUCAGCGAGCUGAGGAAAUUUAGGGAUUACCUGCCUUUAAAAGACAACAAAUCCCUGGCUCUGUCAGGAUUCCACGAACUGUUUAAAGUCUCUAUUCAUACUUGGCUAAUAACUAUCCAUGAAAAAACAUGUGAAAGGAUUCAGAGAGCAGUGGAAUUGGAUAAGCUUGAAUAUGUAGACUCGCUUUCCAAGCACAGCAGUUCUGCAGUCGAUGUCACAAUCUGCUUCUCGCAAAUUAAAGAAUUCUGGGCACAGCUUGCAUGGCCCGACUCAGCUGAGGCUUUUGUGUUUUUAACUCAACUUUCUGAUGAUAUUUGCAAAGCAGCGAUAUAUUACUCAGAAGCAAUUAGGCGCAAAGUGGACAAAAGUCACCAGGCAUCAGUGGGACAAGCCGUUAUUACUGAGCAGCUCUGCAUAGUUCUCAACAACAUUGAGCACAUCCGUAAGUUCAUGGGCAACAUUCUGAGGGACCUCGACUGGAAACCUCUUGAGAUGGCGGUGGAGCUCUCCCCUGGGACAGAUGGAAAACCCCAGGUGCAGAAAGCGUUGAACACUCAACUUCAAAACAUUGAUAUUGACAUGCAAAGGGAGGCCAAGAACAUGAUUUCCCACCUUACAGAAAAGAUGAUUGGUGAUAUAAAGAAAUACAUACAGCACAUAAGCCUAUCGCCAGACUCCAUUCAGAAUGAUGAGGCUGUGUCUCCUCUAAUGAAAUAUCUUGACGACAAAUUAAUUAUACUGAAUGAAACCUUGGUGAAAGAAAACCUACACAGGGUCCUCGAUGCACUUUGGUGGCUUCUGCUGAAAUUCAUUAUCGAUGCUGUGGAUUCUAACAGGGGCGUCUCAGUGGAGUUCUAUGGAAGGUUUUAUUAUACACUGGAGGCUCUAGUGGACUUUUUCCAUGCUGAGGGACAGGGCCUGGCGCUGGAAACCCUGAGAAAUGGAGAUUAUAGGUUCUUAGAGGAAGAGUUGCGCUUGAAUAAAUGCUCUACAAGUGAGCUCAUAGAGAAGUACUACCUGGACAACACAAAGGAACAGAGAUCAAGUGAGCAGAGCAAAUACGGGCGAUUAAGUGUAAAGUGUUACUAUGAAUCCUCCGAACAAAAACUCUAUGUGGAAGUUUUACACGCAGCCGACCUCAUUGCCCUUGAUGCAAACGGCCUGAGUGACCCAUUUGUCAUUAUUGAGCUCUGUCCUCAUCACAUCUUCCCACUGGUGAAAUGCCAACGGACACAAGUGAAACCAAAAACUCUGCACCCAGUGUAUGAUGAACUCUUUUAUUUCUCGGUCUCAUCGGAGCAAUGUCGGAGGAAGUCUGCCUGCAUUCUCUUUACUGUGAUGGAUCACGAUUGGCUGUCCACAAACGAUUUUGCUGGUGAAGCUGUGUUGCCCAUGAAUGUGAUAUAUGGACUAAAUAGGCCUCACAUUACUGGAGGGGUGAAAAAUGUCCAGCCAACAGUAUUAAAACUAACAAGACCAAAGGCCAAUGUGAAAUCCAUUCUGAAAAUGCUGGACGGUCGAAUGGACAAGGAGGCACAGGAGUUUGUGAAAAAGCUCAGGGAAAUGGAGAAAUACAUGGAGGAUGACUGAAGUCAGAAGUACAGAUAAUGUGAAAACAUAAAUCUGAACCUUUCUAGUGGAUGAGGAGAGCAUCCCACAUGACUAGAAGGCAGCCAUCUUGGCUCUGAAAAGGACUGCCUAAUAACUAGAUGCAGCAAUGUUUAAUAUUACUUUGGGUUGUUUCCUAUUGUUCAUUUCUCUGUCCAUUCACAGGAACUAAAUGUUUUAAAUAUUAUGUUAUAUGAAUAUCGUAAUACUCGCUGUGACUUGAACGUUCCUUCUGUUCCGCCGAACAAGCAACCCAUCCGUCAGUCUGUUUACGGGAAUUCUUCUGCCAAUUCACAUCCAGACAGUUUCCAUCAGCACCAUCACCCACAAUGCAUCACACUAGGAUUGGACAAUUGGACCAUAGGGCCACACCUCCUGUGGGAGGGGAUAAGGAGGUCCUUGCCCACAGGUGCCAGUAAAACAAGGCUAAGGUUUAUGGUACACAAACUGUUUUCUCCACAACUGUGAGUGUUUUCAGGCCCAAGUCUGCGUGAAACACAAACAGAUUGGGGAAACAUUCAGCUCUUACUAUUUCUAUUGUAGAAAUCCAAAUAGGAAGCAAUUUUUGAAUUGAGAAAAUUGGAAAGCCUUUGAUCUAUUCCAUGUGAGCCUUCAUCUUAGAUAUUAAAGAUUUGUAUAAUUGACCCAAGGUAAUUCAAACUGAAGAACAAAGCCAUUGGUCUCACUCCAACAAGCCCCCAUACAGGUACCCAUUGACCCGAGCUACCAGCCAGGCAAGUUACCAAAUAGACUGCUGUUAAUCAUUUUAAACACUUGGAAAAUUUAAACCAUGGAGAAUUUAGCUUCAUAGGAUUUUGAUGCACUGUAAUGGCAUCCACCCAACCUGAUUUUUGGGGCCUAUUUUUUUUUAUAUUACAGUCUUCAAAAUGUCUGGCAAGGCUGCUUCCUUUUUGUGGCUGGGCAGUGGCAUUCACUUUCAGUAAAAGAAGAACCUUCUGUGAUCAUAGGCGCCACCCUUCUAUUGAAAUCCAUUGAGAUUGCUUCAGCCAGUGCAAGUAAUACAGAGAGUAGAUGUGCAACAGUAAGGCACACAGUUCCACUAUGAGCACUAUGAGACACACCAUAUCAAAAAAGCAGCUUUUAACUCCAUUUAAAUAUAUUAAACCAUAAAAAUACCUGUGAGCUCCACUGUAGCUAUUGAUGUGCUUGGCCACCAUUGUUAAAAGUGUAAGCAGUGGGGGUUAGUGAUAAGGUUAAACAUAAAAAGCUUCCCUAUAUACUAUGUACUAUGAGCUUGCACAAUGACACCCUGUGAGUAAGCUCACUGCACAAAAUGCGAUUUUGUUGUUUUUUUUUUUUAAUCCAAUGGACAUCACCCGAAGGCUUCUGCUCUGCCCAAUUGUCACUAUUAUAUGAAAAUUAAAUCAUACUUACUGAGAUUUUCUUUACCUGAACUGAAGUGGGCAUUACAGGGUUAACCUGCCUGACAUGUGAAGGACAGAAAAUGAGCUAAGUAAUAAAUUAAAGCUUCCCCCCACCUACAUUCUAUCAUCUGUAUGAGAGGAACAACCCCUACAAACAAGGGAGAAACCCAUGCCCACUGCCAUGCUUUAGGUCAGGAAAAGAAAAAAAAAACUUCCUGCCAAACAGGAACAGAACAGCAGGCUCAGAGCUCAGCAGCCAUCUGAGUAGCACUGGAAAUAGGGGAAACAGAAUGCUGAGAUUUCAAUUUGGCGCCAUUCAGUCGCACUGAAUCUGACGUCACCAAAGCCUAUCCUAGCAACCCCUAUCCUCCAGGAAUUACAGUGGUCCUGGCAACAGAAGGCCAUUACCUGCAAAGAGGUUCCGUAAUUGGUAAGCUCCGGAGCUUCAGGAGAACUAAAGGCCUUCCCUGGAAUGAUUGGGUGAGCACAAGAAACUUCCAUGUUGAGGGCAGGAAAUAAAAUAUGGGUGAGGGGGGAGCCCUUAAUUAAUUUCUGUACUUCUCAUGUCCGACAGGUUAACCAUAUAGUGCCCUAUGCCAUGUAAGGUAGAGCAAUGGCUUAUGUGCUGCUGGUGCGUAGGUGAUCCGAAAACUAGGCAGUGGGUAUCAUGGCUCUGGAUUUACACACAGCAGUGAAUGGAGAUUAGUGUGUCUUAUAGGAUAAAUAAAGCUUGGUGGUGAGAUCCUGUAACUGUUAAAGGGACAUACCUUCAGAAGGAAAACUGAGAAAUGUUCAGAUGUUGCUCUGCUCUGGAAGAAGGUAGGGACGGGCAUCUGAGGCUUUUGAUUUCUUUCCUGAACAUAAAAACACUUCUCUAGUUUCCUUCUGCAGGAAUAUGCCUUUAAAUGUAGUUACUAAGCAGUAGGUGGGGCUGUUGUUACACACAAAAAUAAAGAAUGUAAAUUGUUUAGAAAAGCACCCUGAGCAAAUUUUACAAUACAUUUUUUAAGGUUUUAUUAUCCUUUGAACUGUACUAUAGAUAAGGAACUUACUGGCGUUUCUCUUUUAUAUCUGUAGAGAAACAUGAAGGUUUAUUAACCCCUACUUGGGCCGUAAACAAGAAACAUCAUUUUGCCACAUUUUUCAAGUUAUUUAUGAACUAAUAAAUCUAUGGAAUUCUUGUUCAUAGAUCAGCAACAGAAUAUUCCUGCCGUGGCGUUCCGUUUGUUUUUUUGUUGGUAUAAUGCUAUGAAGCAGUCAGUGGCUUGUACAGUUAUAAGUGUUUGAUUUGUAUUUUUAAUGGACAGUUAGCUAUGAAGGAGCUUCUUAGCAACCAGCCUUCAUUGUAAUACUCAUUUUAACCAAGUAGCAAAUGUAUUAAAAAACAAAAGAAAAAAAACUAAUAAAAAAAAACUAUAAAAAAAAAAAGCCAAAAGAUGUUUCCCUUUUGCAUAGAAUUCUCUAUUCACAGUGGUGAUGUGACUAUCUGCUCCAGGUCUGUAAAGCUGUGCCGGAAAUUAAAUAUACAUAUAUAUAUAUAUAUAUAUUGCUAGUUCACUGGUCAAUGCCACGAUUAUGCCAAAUGCAGUUUAUUUCUCUAAAUAAAAACGUGAGUUCUUUUACCAUUUCUAGGUCUAUUUUUAUAUAUCCGUGUUGAUGUAUUUGCAACGUAGGAAAUGUCCGAAAACUCAAUGUUUCUUGACAGAUAGAGGAAUGGAGGAGUACCGUACCUUUUACAUGUUUGAUGAUUCAAAUGUUUUAUAUUUGUAUUUUACAUUUAAUAAAAUGUUAACAGCCUAAUGAGGCCUUGAUUGGUCA